AUGCCUAUACGGGCGUACGUGCAGCAGCAACAGAGAGCCUCCGUCUUGUCCGCCUCCUCUCGUCGUCGCCUUGCCUGCCCUGCCCUGGAGAGAAGAACAACGCAUCCAGGGCCCCCAACGCCACCUGGGCCAGAACAUGUCGCCCUGACUCGUCAUGUCUACCGUCUGUCUCAUGUCGCAUCUCAUGCCUCGCGCCUCAUGCCUCAUGCCUCAUGCCACGGCCACGGCCACGGCCACGGCCACGGCCACGCCCAGCGCUCGCGGCGGGCGAUGAAUCGUCGACGCUGUGGCGGCCGCGGCCAACCAGCCGUCUGCCGUGACAUGUGCGGUGCUGACGUAGCCGCCUGGUUGCACCGUCUGCCUCCCGUCGUGGGUCUUGGUCCUGGGUCGAGUGUGUUGCUCGCGGAUCCGUUGCACCAUGGGGCUCGCAGCUCGUCGUCACCUGCGCCCCCGCCCGGCCCAAAAACAUUACUUUACCGCCCGCGAUACAGAUUCGGUACAAUACCGCUGACUCAGCCACUCGCCCGCCAACAGCAUGGAAAAUCUUGA